AAGCCCUUUGGGAUCAAGCUGCUCGAGACGCGAGCGCGUCGGGGCCGGGGCCGACGGCACAACCUCCUUUCGCCGCCUCCCCCUGACGCGGCCCUCGGCCCGAGAUGGAGGCGGCGGCGCUGCCCGCCCUCAGCCUUGCCGAGGCGGGGUCCGCGGGCGCCGAGGAGGAGACGUCUGCGACGGGCCCCGCUGGCCGCGAGGAGGCCCUGCUGCUGGCACUGGGCGCGGCCGCGGCGGGGGUGUCGCCGCUCCAGGGCUCCUCGGAGUCGCGGGUUCCCCUGGACGUUGUCACCAUCAGCGAGGCGCACGAUCUCGCGCCCGCGGCGGCUUGGUUCUUGAAGGAGCUGGACCACGCUGGGAGCGGAGCCCUGCCCCUGGGCGAGGUCGUCGCCGCCCUGGCGCGCGCGCGCGCGGCGCUCGGGCUCGCGGCCCUCUGCGGCGCGGAGGCGUACGUCGCGGCCACGGCGCACGACGCGGGCGGAUCCAACGCCCUCGGCGCCGAGAGCCUGGCCGGCGUGCUGGGCGAGCUGCUGGACGAGUGGGCGGCGGCCAGGGGCAUCCCCGCCAGCGCCGCCAGCACGCCGAGGCCCCUGACGCCGCCUGCGCCGCCGCCGUCCCCGGUCGAGGGCGCGCACGUGGUCCUCUGCACCCUGGCGGGGGACGCCUGCCGGGUCGGGCUCGUGGGGAUGGAGUGCGCCACCACAGAGGACCUCGAGGGCGCAGUCGCGCGGUCGCCGCUCGCCCUACGAGUCGGCCUGCCGGUGGUGUUUGCGUUCGGCGGCCGCGUGCUGGGCGCCGGCGACAGGCUGCAGGAUCACGCCAUAACGUGCGGGAGCCACGUGGACGUCGUGCGCGUCACGCCGCCGCCCGCCUUGGUGCGGCUGGCCUGCGAGGGCCUCGGAUGCGGCCCCUCGAUCCGCGGGUCGUGCGGGACCUUCCGCCUCGUCGUCGGCAGGACGAAGAACGGCCGGCCGGUCUACGUGCGCGACUUGGCUCUCUCCUCCUGGAACGCGGCGAUCCGCUACCACGGCGCCGGAUGCCGCUACCUCCUGUUCGAGGAGCACCCCGAGAAGGGGGGGCGUUGGGCCCUCACGGACGACAGGGACUGGACUGGCUACACGGACCGCGCGUACGCCUUCGCUCCGCUGACGGUGCCGCACCCAGGCUACCUGGAGGGCCGCGGCUGGCACGUCUACAAGGACUCCGGGUGCGAGGCCAACAAGACGUGGCUGGAGCACCCCUCGUUGCAGCUCACCGUGGAGGAGGCGAGCGAUCGCCCCCUGUUCGCGUCGUGAGCGCAGAAAGGGGAGAGCGCAGUAGGCGAACAGGAGACGUCUUGGAUCCGCAGUCGGAGGAGGGCCAGCCGAGACAGCGGGCGGCCCUGACCGGGGAUAGUGGCGGCGUGCAGCUGCCGCCUUCGAAUCGGCGGGGCUGUUGCGCCCCUCCCGUUGGUUGUAGGGUUUUUUUGUAGCUCCCCCGGCAGAGUGGCCCCACCCCCGAAGUGGGGGGAGGCCCGCGGCCGCGUGGUCAGGCCAAACGGCCGUGGUGCGGACGUGUACAGGUUCAGACUCGAUUCAGGCAGCCUGGCCGCGCUGCAGAUGAUGGGCCGAUUUUCCACCACCACUACCAUGGGUAGGACGGGGGAGAAGGGAGGAUGGGGAGGUUCUCCUCCUCCUCCUCCUCCUCCUUUCGAGCCAUGUAUGGGGUUGUCCCCCUGGAUCACGCCCCGCACCAAGUAGCUAGAGAUGGUGAGGACUACGCAUUUCGAAUACUCAGUCGUUUUUCGGAGCGGGACCCCGAAAUACUCCAAGAGGUAUUUUGCGACUGCCUGGGGACCAUCGGCCGCGACACCGACGCUGGUGAAGCUUUGCGCAAUGACAAUCCUAGGCAGCUCUUCUGGAGGGAAUGGUGGUCAGGCAUUGGCCGUCAGGUCCAAGCUCACAAAGUGAAUUCUCACACUUCUGAGGCGACCGCAUUGACCGACCACGAUGUCUGGAUCCUUCGUUGAAAUAAGAUGGCCGACACGUAUGCCAAGAAAGGUGCGUUGCUCUGGGGAAUUCCUGAGCAGUGGCCUUUGUUCGUUUCAGGUUGCGAGCGGAUUGAAGCAGACUGCGCUAUGUGGCAUGGCCGAGCCCAGGCUGCUUGGGGUGCCCUGGAGCAGCCCGAUUCGGGUGGCAUUGCCGGCACCCCUGACAUCCAAUUCGACGAUGAAUUCUCCGAGGCCCCUUCUAGCAGGGUUCCGGCACCGUAGGGGCGUCGGGGUCCUUGCUCUCUCCGCCUCCGCCUCCCGCUCCUCCUCAGGGCUUCAUUGCAUCAGCCGGGGUACCGUGGGCCCUCCGUGGACAUUCAGUGGUCCAGGCUCCUGUGCAGGCUGAGUCGGGAGAGACGCUCUCCGAUCCUCUCUUCUGCAAGUUGUGCGGGUCUUCGGUGCACAAGGCUGCACGGGGCCUUCUGGUCCCAGUGUCUAGGCCCAGCCCACCCAGGUCUCAAGACGCAGCGUUCGAGGCUAUGCCGCGGUCUGCUUCCUGGCCACAAUUUGGGCAACGCCAGCAUCGGCCGUGCCGUCGGGCCGUCGGUUGAGAUCUAGGCUGUCUGGGGUCCUUCGCUGGAGUGCCGGGGGGAGCCGGACAGCGUCAGGAGGGCGCCGUUUCAAACAAUUUGUCCCGCGACGCUUCCCGCCACCUUGAGCCAAGGUGGCUUGAGCCAGGCUGUGGGGUCGUCCGCUUCUUCGGCCGACGCGGAUGCAGAGCGGGACUCCGCCGUGGUGUGCUUGCUCCACUUUGAAGCAGCUCGCGCCACCCAGCUGCACGGUUUUAGCUCCCCUCAGGCGCUGGUGCAUCGGGAGAAGACCCAACGCAGGCGCGAGGGAGCCGACACAGCUGGGAGGAUGAGGAGGCCAGCAUAGGAUGAGCCCCUGGUAGGGUUUCGCUGGGCCAUCGGGUUCGGCAUCUGCUGCUUGGCAUUGGCGGGGCGGCUCGUUUUCUCGCUGGGCAUCGGCUCCGCACGGCUUUUCGGCGAAGGGUCGGGAGGCCCCCGCCAGUAUGCCAGCCUUCAUUGAUACGGAGGGUAUCAUCAGCAGCCUCAGCAGCCUCCUCCCUCUCCUACCUAUGGUAGUGGUGGUGGAACAUCGGCCCAUCAGCAGACCGCCGCGCGGCGGGCUUCUCGUUCGGACGGAAAGGACCGCGCCCCGCGGGGUCGCAGGUCCCGAAGUUUGGACGCCUGGUACCGAAACAGCGGCUACUGCAGGGGUUCACUGAUCGUGGUGCUGG